AUGGGCUUGCAACACUCGAUAGCGCAGUGGUCCCUCGUACUGCUGCUACUGUGUCUCGGUCUGGCGGAUGCCCACACCAUCAUCACCUACCCGGGGUACAGAGGGAAUAACCUCCAUUCGAACGGCACUAUUCAAGCAGCCAACGGACUGGGCGUAGCCUACGACCCCAAGAAUGGCACAUACAUGUAUCCCUACGGCAUGGAAUGGAUCUAUCCUUGCGGCGGCAUGCCGACGUCGACAAAUCGCACCAAAUGGCCCGUUAAGGGCGGCGCCAUCGCGGUCCAGCCGGGCUGGUUCCCGGGUCAUCAGACCGCGCUCAUCUACGUGAAUCUGGGCCUCGGUGCCAUCCCGUAUAACAUGAGCCACCCGGUCGUCCCGCCCUUCCAGAUCACCGGCCCCUCGAAUAACCCGUUUCCGGGCACCUUCUGUCUGCCGCAGGUUCCCCUGCCUGCCAACAUCACUGUGGUCCCGGGCGAUCUUGCGACAAUCCAAGUCAUCGAGACGGCGAAGCAUGGCGCUGCUCUGUAUAACUGCGUCGACAUCGAAUUCGCAGCAGUCGACGAUCCCGAAAUCCAAGAAGUGACCCGUCAAAACUGCUUCAACUCAUCCGACAUUUCCUUCCAGUACAUGUACACGACAAGCGGGAUCGGGUCUGGGGCUAACAUGCUGCAACUCCCGACGCGCUCGACCAUGGCGCUACUGCCGUUGCUGCUGGCUAUCGGCUUCGGCGCGUUGACGUAG